AUGUGUUUAAAUUAUUGUCCAUUAGGCUACACAUGAAAUUUUCCUCUUAAACAAUGCACAGGCGCCAAAGGAACUAUAGCAAACAUUAAUUUUGAUAAUAAUCUCUCAGGGAACUUCAUUUUUUCGAAUUUAUAUUUGAUAUUAGGAAUAAGUUCUGAUGAUUAUUACCCAGAAUUUGAGUUCCUCGAUCCUUUGCCUGCUAACAAAAGAGGAUUAUUUUUAAGUCAAGGAAUAAUUAGAUUAGAUUAGAUUGUGCCAUCCGCUUUCGCAAGGGCCGAGAAUUUGCACCUCUACACGCUCUUAUCCCUUAGAAUCCCGGCGGACACCCUUCCCCGUCGCCGCAGACGAGGCUUCGCGCAUCAGUCUUGACUUCCAUGGCUCCUGGAGUCUAAGGGCCAACCACCUGGGUCGAAACUCCCAGUUUCUCGUUAGGCAAAUACCGUCUUCAGGGUCUGAGGGUCAUAUUGCCCUUUAGACAUUGGCCGACCUUGCCCUUUCCAAUGGGUUGUACCGGAGUAAAAACUCUAAGUCCAGGGAUUAGCUCCCUGGGCCUAGAAAAACCCAGCCCGACUAUACGUAAAGGAUUACCGACCCCUUUCCGCCUAAAUCCUCGACACUGGGUCGUUGCCUGCUGGUGUUGAAGAAAUAGGGUCGAGAAGUCGGGUGGUCUGUCGUCACAUUUUUAUGUAUAUAUGUCAAGGAAUAAUUAAUUUUGAGCCACAGUCUUCUAAUCAAGCUGGACGACUUUUUAGCUCUGAAUUUACUUUAGAAGCAUGAAUUAUAGUUAAGUCAAGUGGCUGUUUUUACUUAUCAAAAUCAUAUUAUGAAGAUUUAUAUGGACUUAACAAGUCUAAAUGAUUAUUGAAAUUUGGGAUAAAUCGAAAUGGUAGCCUUGAACUUUUCAUAGAAAGAGAUGACAAAUAUAUUCAAGAGUAUUAUUCUCCUCAAUGGUUGAACUCAGGAAAUUCACCUGAAUGGGCGUUUUACUCAAUUUCUUUUAAAUAUAGAAGUUUCCUAUGUUUGGCGCUGUAAGGGCGAUAAAUUCUGAUCGGAAUUUAUCGGUUGGUUGCACCAAAUCAAUGCCUUGGUCGGACCAAAAAGCGAUUUGGUCCGACGAACUUGGAAAGCUCCUGGGGAAAAUGUCUGCGCUUUCAGCGCUAUAUAGAGGAAACCUUUAUAUGAUGAUAUAGCAAAGUCAACUGAAAUAUUAUUGGUCAAAAAUACCAAUUUAUUUACUGCUGCAAUGCCUAACUAUAAUAAAGAAUUUCCUGGAAUAACUCAUACUGUAGGAUCAGUAGGCUAUGGGCAAUCAAUUUUUGGAUUUUUGUAUAGCCUUGCAAUGUAUAACUAUGGGAAAAACUAUAAUGAAUUAAAGAUGAGUUUAGGGGCUUGUGAUUCGUGCAGCGCUUGCCCAGCUGUCUUGAAGUCUUGUUUGCCAACUUGUGGUGAAACUGAAUAUGUAGAUGAGAAUGGAAACUGCCAAAAGUGUCCAAGUGAAUGCUCAUGAAUAUGCUCAAGGGCUGGGACUUGCAAUCUUUGCUAUGAUGACUUGUGCUAUAAAUGCACUAAAUAUGAAAUUGGAACUUGCAUCAAGUGUGUUGAGAAUGCAGUUCUUAGUAGUGGACAGUGUGAAUGCCAAAGUGGAUAUAUUAAGCAAGAAUCUCAAUGUGUAGAGAAAUGCAGCGAUGGGUUUUAUUUGGAUGAAAGCACUCAGUCUUGUAUUAGCUGCCUUAGCAAUUGUUCAAAGUGUGUAGCCUGAUUAUUCUUAUUGAUGUGGUAUAUCUGUACUGCCUGAAACACUUAUGGAUUACCUUUUCAAUUGUGCCAAACUUCUCCCUAACUUGAAAAAUUAGAUUAUUUAUUAGUUAAGCAAGAAUAAUAAAUUUACGCUGAGACAACGUUAGGUAUUACCCAAGCAAUUCUACUGCUCAGGCUAUAGCAAUGUAGAAAGCUGCACAAUAUGCAAGACAGGAUUUAUUGAGCGAAAUGGAAAAUGUGAGUGCUCUGAUGGGCAUUUUUUAGACUCUUCAAAUAACUGCUCAAAAUGUGAUAUUUCCUGCUUGACUUGCUCAAUUGAUUCCUCAAAUUGCUUAUCUUGUACAGGAGAUUUGCCUAUUGUCUUUAAUAAAAAAUGCUACCCAUGUGAAGCAUUUGAGGGAUUUUCAGAUUUAUUUUCAGUUCCUAUUUCAUACUUUACAGAUGAUUUAUGGUCACGAUUAUCAUCUAAAUGCAUUGAAACUUGUGGGGAUGGAAGAAAUAUGGGACAAGCUCAAUGUGACGAUGGAAAUAAUAAAAAUGGAGAUGGCUGCUCUGAGAAUUGUACAAUAGAAACUGGGUGAACUUGCUCUGGAGGCAGUAUAAGUUCUCCUGAUAUAUGCAAAGAUAUAAUUCUGCCUUGACCAUUUCUUGCAUAUUUAUCCGAAAAUGACUCAGGCUAUCUUCUUGCGUUAUCAUUCUCAGAAAAAGUAAAUAUGACCUCUGAUUUAUCAGAAAAUAUUAAAAUUACAAUUGAUGGGAUAGAAAUGUUUUCUUGGGCUAUUUCAUUAGAAAAAUCAAUUUAUGAAGUAACGUUAAAUUUAUAUGAAAGCGUAGAAAGUGGGACAGGUGUGACAAUCAACUUUAUUAAUCCUAGUGAAAUUACUGAUACAAGUGGCAAUCAAAUGAAAGAGAAAAAGGUAAAAUCAAUUUUGCUUGCUCCAUUCUUAGCUUACCUUUAAAUUUACUUGAUUUUACGCCAUUUACGGGGUUGCCAGCACCAGAGGUUACCCCCAUAUUCCAGCACGUGUUUACCCGCAAGCCUCUGGGACAAAUUGCAUCAAUUACCAAGUGACAGUCUGAUAUGGUGUUGCCGACUAAGGCGACUAUGCGCGAACUGCUUCUGUCUUCCUUGACGCCAUGUGACGACAAAAAGCUUCAUUUCUUCCGUCGGAUGGAAGUGAGGAAAGUCAUAAGCCUUUCACUUUUCAUAAGGUCAGGCCAGAGGGCUGUCACCGCCGCUCCAAGUUGUUUACCUAACUCAGCCAGGAUAUAAUUCCCUUGGAAAACCAAGCCUCAUAAUUAAAAAAUGUAAAUGAGUGCUGUUGACGGCAGUCAAGUAGCAUACAAAAUGCCCAUUUUCUAAUUAUGUUUGCUCAAUUCACAUACAAAACUGCAGAAGCUAUGGAAACUUCUGUUACAACUGCAACCACAGUUGCAGCUGCAGGAGCGGCUGCGGGAUCUAUAUUUACAGGAUCUUUUAAUUUGCAAGCAUUUUGGAGUAUGCUUGAAAUAAUGCAGAUACAAAAUUACUUGAUAUUUUUAUCUCCAAAAUACCCUAAUAAUCUUAUCACGUAUCUUCGUGCCUUAAGCAUAGCAAAUGGAAACUUUUUACCUAAUCCUUUUCAACUGUAUUUAGUAAAAAAUGACCCGUUUCCUGAUCCUCCACAAAAGUUUGCAGAUGAAAAUUUUAAUACAGAUUUCCUUAUGAAUGCUGGCCAAUUUGUAGCAGUUUGGGCUAUUAUUUUGACUGGUCUCCCUAUUUGCAUAAUUUUAUAUAAAAUAAGGCCAAGCUUACCAAUCAUAAGAUGACUAAACAACUCAUUUUUCUAUGCUAUUUUACUUAGAACUGGAAUCGAGUCAUUUUUAGAAAUCACGCUUUCAGUCCUUCUGCAAUUAAGAGAGUGCUCACAGCCAAACCAAGAUAUUGGCUAUCUUUCAUUGAUUUUAAGUUUUUUAACCAUACUUUACCUGGUCUCUACUUUUGCUCUUAUAGUUUGGCAAGUAACGUUAAAGCCUAAAGGACUGCUUGGAACAAAGUUGCAUGAAAGAAGAUUUGGAGUAUUGUAUCAAGGAUUUAAAAGAGAUUCUAAACUAAAAGCAUCAUUUUUGCUAUUCCAAAAUAUCCGCAGAGUCCUGCUUCUAAUUUUUUGUGUGUUUUUAUACGAGCACACAACUGCUCAAGUUUUAUUAUCAGCAUCCUUAUCAUUAACCUAUACAGUUUUACUAAUUGUACUGAAACCUUACGAGCAGAGAUAUUUAGGGAAUUUUCUAAAUACAAUCUGUGAAAUUUUAUAUUUUGCUGCUCAUUGCAUAAUACUAAAAUUUUUAGAUAACCACAUAUCUGAUGAUUAUAGAACAAAUCUUGGCUGGGCAAUAAUUGCACUCUUAAGUACUUAUUUGCUACUCCAUAUAGUAUGUCUCCUUAUCAUUCAGAUCACAAAUUUAAUACAAGGAGUCAAACAACUCAAAAAUUGAUUUCUGCAAAAUUUUGCAAAUAAAUUUUUGAAAGCCAAGAGAAGAAUAUUUAUGAAUGAAAUAGAAUCUAGUGACCUGAAUAAAGAAGUAAGCAAAGAACUAAAAGCAGAAGAAAUUUGUGAAGAAAAAGUUUCAAGAAUUCACACUGAUGGCAAUUUUCUAAAUAUUGAUACUAGUGGGGAUAGUUAUUCAUAG